AUGGCGACACUUAAAAAAAGAAUUCUACAAAAUAUAAGUCAAGCGGAAACAAUAUCAGAAACGACAAGUCAAGAACCUCCAAUAACAGCAAUAGCAACCUUAAUUCUUGAUAAUAAAACUCGAUCGAUACCUACAUCUGCUCAUAAAGUUCGUGUUGUUGAAUAUAAAACAACUUAUCGUCGUUUUACUGAGUUUAUUAAACGUUUAAAAACAUUAAAAACACUUCGAGAAUAUAAUGAAAUUCUUGCUGAACUUACUGAUCGACUUGUUCUCUAUCGAAAUUGCAUUGAUGAUUGCGCAGCGAUAUUAGUACAACAUCUUCUUGAUGCGACUGAUCCAUUGAUUCAAACUGCUUUUCUAAAUACAUUGAAAAUUGUAGAACAACAAUAUCCAACAAGUUCAAUAAAACAUUCGAAUGAACUGCUUAAUUUAGGCAAACAAACAAAAUCUAUUAAAGUUGCAAGUGCUCUAUUAAGUUACUUUUCUAUAUUACCAAUGUCAUCACCGGUAGACAAAAAUGCUUUAGCUCGUUUUGCUAUUCAAUAUUCAACUAAUACGCAUGUUCGAAUACAACUAUGCGCAUUUAAACUACUGAGUACACUUGGUCGGGUAUCAGACCUUGAAGCAUCACUUAAAACAUCCAUUAUUAAUAAAUUACUACAAGCUAUUGAACAUGAUGACGCUCGAGUUCGAGCCGAAGCCUUACGUGCAAUGGUAGAUUUAUUUAAAUGUAAAGUGGGUCUUAACUCCAGUUAUUACAGUUCAUUUGUUGAAUGUUUACAAGAUUAUUAUGCUGAAGUACGAUUAGCAGCAUGUGAAGCAUUAUUUCUUCUUGGCAUUAAUACUCCCGAUAGUAUUGUUCCAUUGGGAUUAUCAACAGAUGAAUCUUCAAAAUUAAUCAAUGAAGUAUUUCGACUUAUUUGUGAUUUAACUAAUGAUGAAGCAAAAAUCGUACGAGUACAGGCGAUGAAAAUGAUUGGAAAAUUAUGUCGAAAUGGCGUUGAUAUUAAUUUAAUUCAUCAAACACUUGAUAAAAAACUGCUAAGAAUCACGAAAAAGAAAGCAUUUAUUGCAAAAGUUGAACAAUUAGAUAGUGAAACCGAUGAUAUCACAGUACACGAUGUUACAGUUGACGCACAAUCGGCAUCAAUCACUGCAAUAGGUCCAUGUGGUGCUUUGAUUAGUGGAUUGGAAGAUGAAUAUUCAGAUGUUCGUGCUGCAGCUAUUGAAUCUUGUUAUGAAAUAUCAUGUUGUUAUGAUGCUUUUCAAUCCAAACUUGUUGAAUAUAUUGUAUCGAUGUUUGAUGAUGAUAUCGAACAUGUACGAUUACUAGCUAUGCGUACUUUAGGUAAAAUAGCUCGAGGACGUGUGUUAAGUGGCGAACAAGUUCUAUCAAUUUUAACUGAAUUACUUAGUCGUUCGUAUGAUAUUCGUUCAGCACUACAUGAUAUUUUACGAGUAGUACGCAUUGGUGAUCCAGACACAUUAUUCAAAUUGUUCCAUCGUCUCGUAGAAAAUAUUCAACGUUUUAAAACAGACACUUAUUCAGUUCUCAGAUGUCUACGUGAAUUAGGACAAAAUAAUAGUGCUUUUAUUGCUUUACUUCUACCAAAAUUAUUGCCAAUGCAUAGUUAUUUAGAUGUUCAAGAACCUCAAUUUUCAAAAAUUGAUCAUACUUGUGCUUUGAUUUUGGUGCUAAAUGCUGCCUUACAUCAUCCAUCAAUUGUUGCUGUUCUUCCCGAUUAUGUUUUUCGUCAUUAUCGAUAUUUGAGAACCAAAGAACCAGAAUUAACACCAAACCUUCAAACAAAUUUUUCCGAUGUCAAAUUCGAGAUUGAUGCAUCACUUCCAAUUACAAUUCCAUCAUCGCAUGAUGCAUUUGAACGUAUUCUAAAACUUUCAGAACAAAGUCAAGAUUUACAUGCAAAUGAUCGACAAAAAUUCUAUCGAAAUCUUGCUGCUGAAUUACAUAAAGUAGCUGAAAUGGACGUUGAUCUAUUAGCUAUUUCAGAAUGUAUAUCGCUCUAUUACGAAGUACUUGCAAUUAUUACUUAUCAAUGUAAUACAAGAACUUGCUUAAAGGCAUUAUCGAUUUGUAAACGUUUGCUAACUAUGUUUCAUGGAUAUUCCGAAAAGCAAUUACUACUAUUUCAAGAAUUACAUUUAUAUUGUCAUUUAUUUCUUAUUUCAAUACAAACAAAAUUGUCUACAAAUGCUCGCCAACGAUGUUACAAACAUAUUCAAUGGCAACGAGAACAGCUAAAAAAUGCUGGUGAACAACAACAACAACAACAGCAAGAAAUGGAUGAAAAACUUUUACAUACAAAUCUAAUAUCCUAUGCUCAACAAUAUAUUUCUGUCAUGUCAAAAAAUAUUUUAUCUAAUAAAACAAACAUGUUUAAAGCUAAUAAUCUAAUAAAAAUGGUAUCGGUUACAUUUCUUGAGCCCGAAUCUAAUAUUGAACACGUAUUAGAAUUUCUACCUGGUCUAUCAGUAUCAAUACCUUGUUUAAUGAAUGGAAAAAAUCUGAGCCGGCAACAGAAUAUUAAUAUUAAAGUUACUUAUUUGGAUGGGCAAUACUGUUUACUACCAAUUAAUGAUGAUAAUAUUCGAACAUUGGCGGAAGAUAAUUCAUUGCGCAUUGAUUCAAAAGUUACAUUUUCACAUCAACAUUGGCUACGUCCAUGCUAUGCAACAUUUUCUGUUGUACUAUUUCCAUUACGGUCGCAAUGUUUUGUUAUGGAUAUCAAUGAUGAAUUUGUUGAAAUAACACGUCCGAUUCGUGUUUUACUUCAUCCCAAAUAUCUUCGCCAUCGUCUACGUAAAAAGCAUAGCAUUGAUGAGCAAAGUACAAUGUCAGCAACAACAGUUGAACAAUUAGACAUUGCUGAAGAUGACAAUGAUGAACCUGAAACUGAAUGGUUAGAUGAAGCUGGUGUCGAUGAAGAAGAAACUGGCCAUAUGGAUGAUGAUGAAUCCGAAAUGGAUACAAGUCAAGAUGAUGAACAAGUGGAAUAUGUAGAAAGAAGAAAAACUCCUGAUAGUGAUGAGGACGAAGAAAUGUCCUAUUAG